ACCCACCCGCCUCGCACCCCGGCCGUGUUGACGCGGAUCGAUCUCACAGGCGCCAUUUGAGCAGCACAUCCUCUUCUCCCUCACCUCUGCAACCCAUCCAACAGCGCCUGCGCCCGGUUCGACGUUCACUUCCGCCUCCGUAUUUAAUCAGCGCGCAUCCAUACCAGCUGCGCGACCUCCUCGACGGAGCCGCGCCAUUCUUCGCAAACAUUCCUCGCCGACGCAAAUAGCCUGCCUGCAUCGACAGCUGUUGCCGCUGGCGCUGGCCGAGAACCAUGUCGCGCAAUGAGGCAGUGUCGCCGCUGCGCAUAAACAAAACACCAACUGCCUCGCCCACCAAGGGCAGCGGCGUGUCGCGCCCGCUCUCCGAGAUUGGCUCCACAGAGCGCAGGAGGAACUCUCCGAGCUUCAACCAAUCGACCAAGAAGUUAUUCCUAAACAAGGAGUCCUCGCCCUUCGACUCUUCUCCGUUUGCAAACAGUCCGCGUCUGUUUUGGAAGGAGCAGACUACCUCGCCCAAGGGCCGCUUUGGGUCGGAGAACGAGUACGAGCACGAGUCGUCCGUGUCGCUGUCGCCCAAGCGCAACUCCAUCGAGAACCUGAAGAAGGCGUCUCGCGUCAAGAACAGCAGCAUGUUCGCCCGCGAGCAGAAGAACGAGUACGACCCCACCUCAGUGCAGGCGCCCAAUCGACCGCUGGCCGCUGGCCGUCCGUUGAGCACCCAGGUCCAAGGCAAUGCGUUUGGUGGGAGCGGUCUGGCCGGGCUGCGUAAGCAGAACGAAGAACACCGUGGCCACCGCCGCGGCGAGAGCCUGAGCAAGAUCCCCUUGCUAAGCCCCUCCAAGGGCUCUUCCAACGCACUCUCUGCGCCUUCUUCUCCCGCCAAAGAUGCGCCGUCACCAGCCGAGGGCCGCAUUUCCCCGAGCAAAUCCGCCCUCGUUAGCCAUGGGCGCUUCAACUCGACCGAAUACAAUCCAGACUCUAGCAUGUGGUCAGAGGACGACGAAAUGAAGCACCAGACCCCGCGCCCUUUGCGCCGCCAUGCUAAGAGUGUGACCUUCGACGCUGCUCCCCCAACAAUCAAUGAGUACGAGAUGGUCACGCCUGAUCCUUCCUCAAUCGCAUCCGGCUCGCGGGAGGGUAGCUACGAGUCGGACGAGGAGCUAAGCUUCGACCAGGAUGACAGCUUUGAUGCGUCUCUGGAGGACACUGAUAAGACGCCUGUUGUGCUUCCAGAGGACUGGCGUCACAUGAGCCCAGAAGCCGCCAACGCAUCGCUCACGGAUCCUUACGACGAUGUAUUUGACGGGCACGAGAGCAGUCCGAUGCCGAACGCGCGCCCUAACGGUGUAGCGAAGGCGAACCACUCGCGCCAUGGCUCCACUACUUCAGACGGUGAAUCGAGGCCUCUUCCUCCUCUGCCGGGCAUGCAAGGACAUGAUGACCGUCGCCGGCGCGAUUCUAGCGUUGGUCUUUCAGCUGCUGCCGAGCGUGCGUGCGGCCGUAGAUCAUUGCCCCAGCCUCCCCAAGCUGCCGGCAUUUCCAAGGCUGAUCUGCUGAACAUGCGCGAAGGUUCCAUGUCUUUAGAGGACAGGCUGCGUCUCAUGAACUUUGACGAAGAGCGCGACACCAGCACGCCGACGCAGGAAAGUCAGGAUAAUAAGACUGGCCUCGGUAUACAGGUACAGGUGGCAGAAGUCGAUGACGCGACUGAGUCCGAUCUUACGGUUGACGGACCCAAGGUUCCACGGAUCUCUCGCGAGUCUAUACUGCGAAAGGUCAAGAGCCGCAACUUCGACGAGUACGACAGCUACAAUUACGACGCGGAGUCUAGCCCCGAGCGUAGCUAUGGCGAGCUGGCUGAUCUUGAUCCGGAUGUUCCAAUUCCCUCUCGCGAGGCUUCUUCCAAUUUCGACGAGGACCCCCGUGCGAACGCGCAGGACGAGGCCGACAGCGUGAUCGACGCUUACUCGUUUGCUGAGACAACUGAGAUGUACACCGAGGUAUCGCAGCUAGAAGACCAGGAGCGCGAGUCUUCCGUCAUUCGCCAUGAGGUGAAAGAAGAUGCCCGCGAAGAUGACGACGCCAGCCAAUACUCGUCUCAGCCCGAGGAGCAGCCUACCUCGCAGAGCACGAUUGAAACCUCUGGCCCCCCAACGCCGAUAGCAUUCUACUCAUCGCCAACCGCCGCUGAGAAGGAAGCGCGCCGAAAGGAACUGUUUGCUUCCUUCGACGACAACGAGGUUGACUUGCGGCUCGACCCGCUCAAGUCCUCAUUUCAGACAGCAGCCAGCCCUCUUGACACAGCACCCAAGAUGGAUGCCAUGAGGCAGUUCCUGCGACGACCCGAGACACCGGAGGCUGAGGAAGAAGCCGACGCCGAAGAGCCUGGCACUCCAGAUUCAGUCAUCCGACAUCCCGUCGUCAUUUCGCCGCCUGAACGUGACUCGCCCGCGAUUCCAGAGAGGGAGUCGACUAUCAAAGGUGCGGGUGGAAGGUUCAAGGCGCGGCCAUCGCUCAUUCCCGCUGAUGUGGACAUGGCCGCCGCUCGCCGACAGGUCAGCGGUGAACAUCCCCCGCCUGUUCCAGAGCGUAGCCCUAAGCGCCAAUCUCUUAGCCUAGAUAUCGGUCACGUCGAAGAAGAGGACUCACAAAUGGGCCUCUCGAACAAGGAAAAUUUGACCCUCGAUCUGAACAUUGCCGAAGACUCCAACGACCUCAGUUUCGGGCUUGACAGGGAGUUCGAUAACAUCAUUGAAGCCCAGAAGAAGGGAUACCUCAUGCGACAGAACACCAAAGUAGUCGUCGCUAGCAGCCGUCAGUUCAGCGACGAGAAACCGUCCGCGGAUGCGCCAAAAGCUGCCGAGAAGGCUUCCAAGUCCGCUAACAGCAGCCCACGCAAGACAAGCGCAGAACGCAAGCCUGCUUGGACAACUGAACCCUGGAAUGGUAAGAUGAGGCGACGAAGCAUUCGCACCACCUCGGGCGCGCGCCGUGGUGCUGCCGCAGGCCCUGCACCUCCCUUACCAGGUCAGGAAUCCGCGGUUGCGGGUGGACUAGAUUCUGUCGAGGAGCAAGCUGGUGACGAAUUUGAAGAUGGGCAAGAGCGUGGCAGGCUGUUUGUCAAGGUCGUAGGUGUGAAAGACCUGGACUUGCCGUUGCCGAAGACCGAACGCACAUGGUUUCAGCUCACCCUUGACAACGGUUUGCACUGUGUAACCACGUCCUGGUUGGAGCUUGGUCACACUGCUCCCAUCGGGCAGGAGUUCGAGCUCGUAGUGCUGGAUGAUCUCGAGUUCCAACUUACCCUGCAGACCAAGCUGGAACCUCCGGCUCAGCCUCCGAUCGCUGUAGCUCCAGCAAAGGCUGUCAAUCACAAGAAGUCUCAUUCGGCCUUCCGAAACCUCCUUUCCUCGCCAAAGAAGCGGAAGGAGCAAGAGCGCAAGCAGCAGGAAGAGGCCGAACGCCUCGCGCUCCAGCAACAGCAAGAAGCUCAGGCAAAGCGCAAUCAUCAAGCCACGGCAUGGAACCUGCUCCAUGACCUGGUCGGACCAGACGGCUCAUUUGCACGUGCCUACGUAUGCUUGAAGAACCACGAAAACCAAGCAUAUGGUCGUCCGCUCAACGUGGAUAUUCCGUGUUUCAAUGAAUGGGCCGUUGACGAUACCGGCGCAAGCAGCGUGAAAAGCAAGCGUGGCGGCGUAGUCCGACGUCCACCAUACCGAGUGGGCAAGCUCGCACUUCAGCUUCUCUAUGUCCCCAAGCCGAAGAAUGCAAAGGAUGAAGACAUGCCCAAGAGCAUGAACGCUUGCGUACGCGAGCUUAGGGAGGCUGAGGAAAUCAAGGAUAAGUCUUGGGAGGGUCAUCUAAGUCAACAAGGUGGCGAUUGUCCCUACUGGCGUCGUCGCUUUUUCCGCCUUACAGGCACGAAGCUCACGGCAUACCACGAAGCCACGCGACAGCCUCGCGCAACCAUCAAUCUUGCCAAAGCAACUAAGCUGAUCGACGACAAGUCUUCGCUCCAGCAAGCACCGUCGACUAAGAACGGUGGACGCCGCAAGUCCGCUUUCGCGGAAGAAGAGGAAGGCUACAUGUUCGUCGAAGAAGGGUUCCGGAUCCGGUUCGCCAACGGCGAGGUCAUUGACUUUUAUGCCGAUAGCGCGGAGCAGAAGAACGGCUGGAUGAAGGUGCUCUCCGAGACUGUCGGCAAGGAUAUCGCUGGCGGCCGCGGCUGGGCAGACAUGGUGCUUGAGAAGGAGCGGCGGGAGAAGAUUCGCGCUCAGGCUGCUCCUCAGCUAGCGCAGGCGAAGGCACUCAGGGAGUCAGCCCACGCCAAUGCGCAGCACCAACAACAGCGUCCCCGCUCACACGAAGGCACCGGCAGCAAGUCAAUGCCGUCGAGCCCCGUGAAGCCACGCCACUCACGCACACAAUCGCACGCUCCCGCACCACCGCCACCGAUCGAGAAAGACCCGCGACAUAAGGCAGCCACUGCGCCGCGUCAGCGCGACGCCCAAAGCAAGGCAGCACGAAGAGAUCAGGUUCGAUCGAUGAUUUUCUAAGCCUCUCCACUUAACCCAUCAUUACUUAACUUCAUCAUCGAUACCCGAUCUCCGACAGGGGAUAUU